AUGCGAGGACGCCAGCAGCAGAAUGAACAUACUCUGUGUGCGAGACAAAGGAAUGCCAAGGUGGAAGAUCUUUGGAGUCUGACCAACUUUUUUGGUUUUGCAACUGAAACGUUUGUUUUGGCUGUUAACAUUCUGGACAGAUUCUUGGCUCUUAUGAAGGUGAAACCGAAGCAUUUAUCUUGCAUUGGAGUUUGCUGUUUCCAACUGGCCGCCCGAGUAGUCGAAGAAGAAUGCAAUAUUCCAUCGGCUCAUGAGAUCAUCCGGAUCAGCCAAUGUAAAUGCACUGUGUCCGACCUGAAACGGAUGGAAAAGAUAAUUUCAGAGAAGUUGCACUUUGAAUUUAAAGCUACUACUGCCUUAACCUUCUUGCACUUGUACCAUACUAUUGUACUCUGUCAUACCUCAGAAAGGAAAGAAGUAUUGAAUCUCGACAAAUUGGAAGCACAGCUAAAAGCUUGCAACUGUCGUCUAGUCUUUUCUAAAGCAAAACCAUCUGUCUUGGCCUUGUGCCUUCUCACUCUAGAAGUUCAGACCCUAAAAUCGGUUGAGCUCUUGGAGAUCCUUCUGCGGGUUCAAAAGCAUUCUAAAAUAAGCGAUAGUGACCUGCUUUACUGGAGGGAACUGGUCUCGAAAUGCCUAGCAGAUUAUUCUUCUCCUGAAUGUUGCAAGCCUGAUCAUAAAAAGCUAGUUUGGAUUGUUUCGAGACGUACAGCCCAAAAUCUACAGAACAGUUACUACAGUGUUCCUGAGUUGCCAACGAUACCGGAGGGGGGAUGUUUCAAUGAAAGCGAGAGUGAAGACUCCUGCGAAGAUAUGAGCAGCGGAGAAGAAAGCCUUAGCAGUUCUCCUCUAAGUGAUCUGGAAGGCACCUUCUUCUUUGAACUCAAACCUAAAAUGAAGUGGCAAACUCUUAGCUCUCGGUCUUAGCAUUAAGUCUUGAUUGUAUUAGGUUGAGAUGUUUCAUGCACCGUAGAGUCUGUUGGCAAUAAUAAAUGAGGUGGUCAUCUGUAAACUGUAUUAAGGCAAGAAUUGCUGUGGUAUAUCAAUGCUUUGAAUGCCUGCCUUGUUUUUUUUUGUUGUUGUUGUAAUUUUAAGGAAGAAAAAAUCCCGUUCAGGUUCCCCAGUUCAGCAAAAAA